UCACAUAGUAAAAUUGAACAAACAAAGAACAAACAAACUAAAAACACAAAGCAAAGGAAAGAGUAUUUUUGUAUCAAUUGUAUUGUAGGUAAUAAACAAUAAUCAUGUGCGUGAGACCGCCGUAAGUGACGUAUAACGUUACUAUUAUCAUUAGUAAAUAAAAACUUGACGGUGGUUGAUUAAUUAGGACGGUUAUAGAUCUAGUAAUCACUACUAAAUGUGUCAGAAUUCUGAACGAAAUUUAGUUAAAUCUUUAUUUAUUAUAUCUUUACCACAAAUAAAACUGUAUUAUGACUUUGCAAAAAAAAAAAAAUUGAUGUGAAAUUUGAAUGUUUAUUUUUUCCUGUUUGUGUGGUUGACGUUUCCUAUAAAUAAUAACAACCCGGGUCCUUAACCCUCAAACACUCUAGCCAUUUCACCAUAGAACAGAAUAAUUACAGAAGAGGAAUAUCAGUUCAAUAAUGAAGACCUUGACCUUGCUCCUUGCUCUUGUGGGCGUUGCUCUGGUUGCUGCUGUCCCAGGAGGAUAUUAUAGCUCAUACAGUAGUGGUAUAGGUCAUGGUUCAAUAUACGACAGACCAGGAUAUACACGGUACGGACACAGUAUGAUCGGAUAUGGUUCCCCAUAUUAUAGUUCAGGUUAUGGACGCGGUUAUGGCUCUCGCUACGGUAGAUAUGGAUCAUCGCUUUAUGGCAGCUCAUUGUAUAGUGGAUAUGGCCGUGGGUCACUUUAUAGAGGAUACGGCUCUGGUUCUCUCUACGGAGGAUACGGCUCAUCCCUUUAUGGAGGAUACGGCUCUGGUUCUUUGUAUGGAUCAUCUCUUUACGAUGGAUACGACUCUGAGUCUCUCUAUGGAGGAUAUGGCUCUAGAUCUAUCUAUGGAGGAUACGGCUCUAGAUCUCUCUAUGGAGGAUACGGCUCUAGUUUGCUAUAUGGAGGCCACGGACACGGAUCGCUGUACGGUGGAUUAAGAUAUAGACGUAGAUAUGGUUAUCCAUAUUCCACUUAUGGCUAUAGGCACCAAUACGGGCAUUACCCGUCAUAUUAUUCUGGACACAGAUAUGGCUACUGAGUGAUGACCAGAACCAAUUCCUCAACCACGGGAUAUUACUUAAAAUCCAAAUAUCAUAAUACGCAUUUCUCUUUUAUUCUUCAUUGGUCAUCUUGCAUCUAGUCUCAUCGCUCAUCUUUUUUGUAAAAAAAAAUGUUAUUGUGCGAUAUGGUUUUGGCUAAUAAAUUGUUCAAAUAAGG